GCUCACUCAGUGGGUCUGAUGUGGUGGAUGCUUGCCCGGGAAGUUCUGCGCAUGCGCGGCACCAUCUCCUGUGAACACCCAUGGGAGGUCAUGCCUGAUCUCUGCUUCUACAGAGAUCCUGAAGAGAUUGAAAAGGAAGAGCAGGCGGCAGCUGAGAAAGCUGUGACCAAGGAGGAAUUUCAGGAUGAAUGGGCUGCUCCAGCUCCUGAGUUCACUGCUACUCAGCCUGAGGUGGCAGACUGGUCCGAAGGUGUACAGGUGCCCUCUGUGCCUAUUCAGCAGUUCCCCACUGACUGGAGUGCUCAGCCCGCCACUGAAGACUGGUCUGCAGCUCUCACUGCUCGGGCCACUGAGUGGGUAGGAACAACCACUGAGUGGUCUUAAACUGUUCUUCCACAAACUCCUAAAAUGGAAAUAGGUUGACGGAAAAUAAACAGUUUCUAAAAAA